GAGUGAAAGGCCACCCUGGAACCCUGAAAGGAAAGGAGUCGCCAUGCAGCCCGCUCAGGCGGCCGUGUCCUUCGAGGAGGUGGCUGUGCGUUUCGCUCCGGAGGAGUGGACGCUGCUGCGCCCAGCCCAGAGAGCUCUGUACAAGGAAGUCAUGCUGGAGAAUUUUGGGCACGUGGCCUCUCUGGAACCUCUGGCUGCCAAACCUGACUUCAUAUCCCGGCUGGAAGAAGAAGAAGACCUGUUUCUUCUGGGCUGUGACGAAGAGGAGGGAUGGGCAGGAGACACCUGGCAGUCAGUAAAGGAAGCAGAGCACCAGUGGAUGGAAGGAGAGGAUCUGUAUUCAGAUGUGAAAGAGAAGUUUGAAUAUUUGGAUGCACCAAGGAAAGAGGAGGGGAAACACCUACCUAACCGGAGGCGCAAUUCUGGCCUUUUAUGGAGGGACGACUCAUUACGGCAAAAAAUAUCUCAAGGAGACAACAGGAAUGGGUGCACUGCAAGCAAGAAAAAUUUCACUGAAAUAUCAGUAAUCAAUAUUCAAGGAAGGAUGUGUAAGAGAAAUAAAAUAUAUACAUGCCGGAAGUGUGGGAAAAGUUUCAGUCAAAGAGGGCGCCUUACUUCCCAUCAAAGAAUCCACACAGGAGAAAAACCAUAUAAAUGCCAUGAGUGUGGGAAAAGCUUCAGCCACAUUUCAAACCUUAGUAUCCAUCAGAAAAUUCACACAGGGGAGAAACCAUAUCAAUGCCUGGAGUGUGGGAAAAGCUUCAGUGUGAAUUCCAGUCUUACUUCCCAUCGAAGAAUUCACACAGGGGAGAAACCAUACAAAUGCCUGGAGUGUGGAGAAAGCUUCAGUCACAGUAGUACUCUUACUUCCCAUGGAAGAAUUCACACAGGGGAGAAACCAUUCAAAUGCCUGGAGUGUGGAGAAAGCUUCAGUCACAGUAGUACUCUUACUUCCCAUCAACUAAUUCACACUGGUGAGAAACCAUAUAAAUGCCUGGAGUGUGGGAAAACCUUCCGUCGCAGUUCAUAUCUUCGUGUUCAUCAGAAAGUUCACACUGGAGAGAAACCAUAUAAAUGCCAGGAGUGUGGGAAAAGCUUCAGCCAGGGUAACACUCUUACUAACCAUGAAAGAAUUCACACAGGGGAGAAGCCAUAUAAAUGUCUGGAGUGUGGGAAAGCCUUUGCUGACGGUUCCAGUCUUAUUUCCCAUCGAAGAAUUCACACAGGGGAGAAGCCGUACAAAUGCCUGGAGUGUGGGAAAAGCUUCAGCCGCAAUUCAAAGCUUAGUAUCCAUCAGAAAAUUCACACAGAGGAGAAGCCAUAUAAAUGCCUGGAGUGUGGGAAAAGCUUCCGUCACAGUUCAUAUCUCCGUGUUCAUCAGAAAGUUCACACUGGAGAGAAACCAUAUAAAUGCCAGGAGUGUGGGAAAAGCUUCAGCCAGGGUAACACUCUUACUAACCAUGAAAGAAUUCACACAGGGGAGAAGCCAUAUAAAUGUCUGGAGUGUGGGAAAGCCUUUGCUGACGGUUCCAGUCUUAUUUCCCAUCGAAGAAUUCACACAGGGGAGAAGCCGUACAAAUGCCUGGAGUGUGGGAAAAGCUUCAGCCGCAAUUCAAAGCUUAGUAUCCAUCAGAAAAUUCACACAGAGGAGAAGCCAUAUAAAUGCCUGGAGUGUGGGAAAAGCUUCCGUCACAGUUCAUAUCUCCGUGUUCAUCAGAAAGUUCACACUGGAGAGAAACCAUAUAAAUGCCUGGAGUGUGGGAAAAGCUUCAGCCGCAAUUCAAAGCUUAGUAUCCAUCAGAAAAUUCACACAGGGGAGAAGCCAUAUAAAUGCCUGGAGUGUGGGAAAAGCUUCCGUCACAGUUCAAAUCUUCGUGUUCAUCAGAAGGUUCACACUGGAGAGAAACCAUAUAAAUGCCAGGAGUGUGGGAAAAGCUUCAGCCGGGGUAACACUCUUACUAACCAUGAAAGAAUUCACACAGGGGUGAAGCCAUAUAAAUGUCUGGAGUGUGGGAAAGCCUUUGCUGACGGUUCCAGUCUUAUUUCCCAUCGAAGAAUUCACACAGGGGAGAAGCCGUACAAAUGCCUGGAGUGUGGGAAAAGCUUCAUCCGCAAUUCAAAGCUUAGUAUCCAUCAGAAAAUUCACACAGAGGAGAAGCCAUAUAAAUGCCUGGAGUGUGGGAAAAGCUUCCGUCACAGUUCCAGUCUUACUUCCCAUCAAAGAAUUCACACAGGAGAGAAACGAUACAAAUGUCUGGAGUGUGGGGAAAGCUUUGGUCAUAAUUACAGUCUUACUACCCAUCAAAGAACUCACACAAGGGAGAAACCUUAUCAAUGCCUGGAGUGUGGGAAAAGCUUCCGUCAGAGUUCACAUCUUCGUGUCCAUCAGAGAAGUCACACGGGAGAAACCAUAUAA